UUUCAGUGAUGAGGGAUGUUUUGCUGCCCUCUUGUGUUUCGGCCUGGACAAUUUUAUACGAUAAGAUUGAAAAUUAAUAAGCUGACGUGAUAAAAUGACAAACCUUUAGAAGUUAUGAGUUUUUGUUUAGCAUUUCCAUCCAUCUUCCAAUGAAGGUAAAUCUUUACAGAAAUACAUAAAUUUAAUCACAAAAGCAUAUUACUGAAACUUAUCUGUUGUGCAUGACACUUUCCAUCUAUGUGCUGCUGUUUGAGAAAGGUCACUGAACAUAAGUUAAUGAACACGGUAAGUUCAGUAACCUACAUUUUUAUUCCAUAAUCUGAAUGUAAAAUAAAAUGCCUGUGAAAAUUGUUUUAGUAUGUGUUAAAGUGCAGCUUGAAUCUUUUGUCUGAAAAAUCUGUAUCACUGACACUUGUCUACUGUUUAUGUCUGUGAAUGACUCUCUCGGCUACAUGACACUGUUCGAGCUGCUGGACUACACUGAUGAAUGUGUGAAGAAGAGUCAUGUGGCAGGAAACAAAUGAAAGUGUCACAAAGAAGACAAUGAGAAACCUUUUAUUGUCCUGGUGGAAUGUGGCAGGAGAAGACAAUGCAGGAGUAUGUCAUCGUCCCGAGUGCUUGGCACCAGUGUCCAGUCGGCUUGCACCAUGACACACCACAGCAUGAGAGAGACAGGAACGAAUGACUGCUGUUCAGGACACAUGAUGAUGUUUGUGGAAAUUUCAUGAUUUCAAAGUUUGAGUCUGAAUCUGAAUCAAGGAUCAGAAACAUGCACUGACGAAAGUUUUUGAGACAAUACACACACCAGACAACUGCAGCAUCUGAGAGACCCUGGAGAUGGAGCUUCUCCCCCUGAGUGUGAUGAGUCCCGGAGCUCCCCUUCGUCUGCAAGCAGACCCUUUGUGGCUCCAGCGCCAAGCCGUGGAGGAGCAGGUGGAGCUAUGGUGGUUCAACAAGCCGCAUGUGUCUCUCCUGUGCUACUGCUUUUCAGUGGCCAUGGUUCUAAGCCUGGGCUCGGCCGGCGUGGGGCUCCUCUCGACCGCCUCCUCUGCCGCGGGGCCGUCGGUGCUGUGGCGCUUGGGCGUAGGUUCCACUCUCUGUCUCCUGGCACUGGUGGUCCUCAUGAAGCAGCUGCUCAGCUCUGCAGUGCAAGACAUGGGCUGCAUACGCAGCCGCAGACGCAUCGAGCAGCUGCGCAGUGGAGGAACGGUAGAUCCCAUGCUGUUGCUUUUCACUGGUUUGGCACUGGUGGUGUGUGGGACUACGCUGCUCAGUCUCACUCAGCUGGACAUGCUGCUCUCUGGCGUGACACUCCUGGCCAGUGGCAGCGCUGUGGUGCUAGGUGUGAUGGUGUAUGGAGUGAUGGUUAAUGUGCAGGGAAGGAGAAACACAAGAAGGCGAAGACGACGAAGGGUGAGAGUGUAUACGGUAACGGGGCAAAGGAACCGACCAUGGAGGGAUUCAACUUCAAGUCAGUCGAAUUUAGUGUGAAAGAAGAAUCGAGAAUUCCAUCUGGCUCUGGUUCCUACAUGAUAUUAAGACCUAUUUGCACACUGGUGUGUAAAACACAAUAAAUGAGCUUCAUUGGUGUUCAUUUUACACCUGUUAGACCUGCAGUUUGGCUAGAAGACAUCUUUAUUGACAAUCAAACGCCUCCAAUUCAAAUGCUUGCAUUGUCAUUUCUCAUUUUACGUGUCGUCUUAUGAGCACCAGGCAAUGGAACUUGUAGUUGGAAGUCAAAAUGAUCAAGUAGGAAUAUUCUAUAUCUGUAUGGAAAUGAAUCUUGAAUUGAAUACCUGGAUUUGCCAAAAUGUGCCAUGUACAACAAAAUUCACUCCUUUGAAUACCAGAUCCCAGAAUGCAGUGCAUUCAACUUCACCAUGCAUUUCCAAUCUGAUGAAUGAACAGAAACUUCUAGCACACUGGCAUACAACUUGCUCUGUUUCUGUGGAAAUAAGUAAGCAUAGUAUGCUAGUAUGCUAUUCCAAAGUCAGACUGUCUUAACUUGAAGUGCAGAUGUUGACUUGAAGUCUGUUGUUCUACACAGCUGUCUACAGAUGGCGCCAAAAACUAAAUGGCAACAGUUAUUUCUAUACACAUUCCAGAGUAGUUAUUAUAUUUGUUGAAUGACCAAUACAUUAAGUAUGCACAAUUUGCUGAAUAAAUCUAUGAUAGAGUUUAUACAGGUGCAUUAAAUGUAAGUGGUAUAUGUGUAAUGUAUUAAGCUGUCCUGAGCUCUUCAUAAUUGUAUUAAU